AAUCAUAGAAUACAUGUAACUGUCUAUGAUAAGGACAUUUAAUCAUUGCAGGUUUAUCACAGUACUUAAAGCAUCAAGAUACAUGUUUAUACAAUAUUUUUAAAUUUUAUUUAUUGAUGUUUCAGUUGGGAAUUUUUGGCUGUGAAUUGUAAAAAAAAGGUACUAUUUUCAUUUGGGAACUUUACCCAAAUCGGUCAUGAAUUUAGCUGAGAAAAAACCUUGAUAUUGUAUUAGAAUUAGGAGCCUUUAAUGACUGAUACUUGGGUAACGUGAUUACUGAUACUUAGAUAACGCAAUUAGUUCUAGUGUGAAAAAUUGAAAUAUAUAUCUUUAUCAAAGGCUGAUUUAAUUUGUUUGAUUGUGUUGGCACAUGGCAGCUUAUAUACUGAUAUUGAUAAGAAUCUCAGAAAAAAUAUGAAAAAAAAAAUACUAUGGUACGAGUUGACUUGGGUACUGGUACUAAAAGACUAAGGUACGAGUUGACUGAGGUACAAGUUGACCAGUUUCCAACUGUUGCUAUAUCAGCAGCAAAAAGUUAAUUAAAUGAGUCAACAAAGAGCUUUAGAGCUUUUAAGACAGGCAGCUGCUGCCCUGGAGUCAACUCAUACAUCAACCAGUGAUGAUGCCUCAUCUAGUACCGCUUCAAGCCAAUCAAGGACAAGGACAUUGGCAGCAGUAAGGGACAUUUUUUCUCCAUAUCCAACCCACAGUUCGAUUAGAAGGCGUUCAAGUGCUCCAGCUCGUACACCGUCACGUGCAUUCUGGACCCACAGAUUCUGUGUCCUUGGAAGAACAACUGACACUAUGGCUCCUACCAGAGAAGAAAAAGAUAGACUGUACAAGGCAAAUUUGGGGGAAAAGAAGAUAUCUUUUGAAAAAAAUGAUGAUGCAGGCUACUUUAAAUGUCGCAUUGAGGAGCAUUAUCCCAAAUUGGAUGGCAUUGGUGGUUUUGAACUACUUAGAACACAGGCCAGAAGUAGAUGCGACUUAGAAGUGAUCAUUGUGCCACCAGGUGGCUAUACUGUUAACUUUCUGUCAAAUUUCAGUAACCUUGGACAGGCAGUGUGUUACAUAAGGCCGAUCCAGAAUGAUCUUUCACUUGUGGAUCAAGAAUUCUCAGAUGAAGAUGGUGUUCAGGAGGAGUGCAUCCACUGUCAUGAAAUGAUUCCUCUAAGACUACUUCGGGAGCAUACUAACACUUGUGAAGUUUCAAAGAAGGACAAAGAUUUAGAUCUACAAUCCUGCACACUGCCACCAACAAGAAAAGAGCUUAUUCAGACUCCAGUGUGUCAAUAUGCUUGUAAUGCUAGCAAAAGUGCUGACUGUCCAGUGUCUCAAGAUCCACCAGCUUUUGAGACCUGUCCAGUUUGCUACAUUGACUUACCAGUAUGUCAGAUUCAAGAACAUGCGGAUACAUGCUGUUCAAAGCAAGAAAGUGAUCCAGGAGUGGUUCCAUCUGUUGAGAACAAAUCGUACGAGGAAGCUCUACACAAUGUGUAUGAAGCCUUUUCAGAACAAUGGGAGCUGUCCAUUGUAAGGAGGCACUUCCUGCUGACAGCAAUGGAGCAAAUCGAAGAUGCAACAAAAGACGACUGGGUAAAAAAAGUGAAAGUUCGUUUUAUUGGGGAGGAAGGUAUAGAUGAGGGUGGACUCACUCGAGAGUUUUUUACUUUGCUUUUCAAGCACACACCAAUUUUUGACAGUGACAUGAUUCAUGUUUCAGCUGAUCUUCUUAGCAAAGAUGUGUACCUCAAAAUGGGAAAAAUGACUGGUAUGGCACUUCUAACUGGACAUCCUGGGCCAAGAUGCUUCACUCCCCAUCUUGUAGAUUACAUCAUCUGUGAGAAGACUCCAAACAUAAUAUCACUUCCUGAGGAACUGAUCAAGGCUGAUGUAAAGCAUGCCAUACAACAG